AUGUCUCAACAACGAACAUUUGCGACGGAUGCAGCGCUGAUACGGGAACAGCCUGGGGAUGAGAAGGAUGAUGUUCUUUUCCAGCAGACGUACUGUUUACGGACGAUUGAAUUGAACAGGCCGAAGAAGUUAAAUUCCCUAAACGGCUCAAUGGCGAGAAAGAUAAUCCCUCGAUUGCAGGAAUGGACGAAGUCACAGAUGACGAACGUUGUCCUCAUCAAAGGUGCUGGUCGAGCGUUCUGCGCCGGUGGAGAUGUCGCUGCGCUGGCAGAAUGGAAUAAGACGGGACCCUCGGGUCAGCAGGCAUCCAAAGACUACUUCGCCCUCGAGUAUAAGCUGGAUCAUAUGAUCGCAACGUACCAAAAACCCUAUAUCGCAUUCAUGGAUGGGAUAACAAUGGGUGGUGGAGUUGGACUAAGUGUCCACGCACCAUUCAGAAUAGCCACAGAAAACACUUUGUUUGCCAUGCCGGAAACCACAAUUGGGUUCUUUCCCGAUGUUGGAGCUAGCUUCUUCCUCCCACGAAUGGAUGGUCAACUCGGAACAUAUCUAGCACUGACCAGUGAGCAGCUGCAAGGCGUUGAUGUCUUCUAUCACGGCAUUGCCACUCAUUAUGUUCACUCGUCAAGUUUGCCGCAACUUGAAGCACGUCUUGGUGAGCUGAACUUCAAAGACCGCGCCACUCUGGAAAUGCGUAACGACAUUGUGAAUGCCACGAUCGAGGAAUUCGCAACAAGUCUCCCGACUUCUAGGCCAAGAAUAUCUGGUGCCUUGAGAAUGGCCAUUGAUAAAAUCUUUGCCCAUCAGACCGUAGAGGGUAUUUUAGAACAGUUGAAAUCACUGGCUGAUUCACCAAGUACAUCUAAGGAGCUACAGGAAUGGGCGAAGAAAACUGUCACAACCAUCGAGUCUCGUUCGCCAACUAGCGUUGCUGUUGCGCUGCACCAAAUGCGCGUUGGUCGAAAAUGGAACAUUCGUGAGACAUUCGAGCAAGAGCAUAAAAUCGCCUCGAAGUUCAUGGACCAUCCAGACUUCAUUGAGGGAGUGACGGCGCGUCUUGUCCGGCGUCAAAAAGAACGACCGAACUGGCAGCCGGCUAGCUUUGAUCAGGUCACCAGUGAUCAAAUUAAACAGUUCUUCAAGCCACCAUCGCCAUCCGAGCGUCUUAUCCUUCCAAAUGAAGAUGAAGAAUUGGAUUACAAGGAAUAUCCUCAUCGCAAAUUCGGGCUUCCCACUGAGGAAAUCAUUGAAUCUAUGGUGCAGCAAGAUAAACUGGAUGAGCUGUUGCGAUCAACAGGCGGCAAGCAAGGAGUCAAAGAGAAGGUUGGGGAGUACCUAGAGCGUGUUGGCUUGAUUGAGCCAGGCGCGCGAUUGUAA